GUAAAUUGUCUGCAUUAAAUACAGACGAUAACAUGAGAAUUAAACGCACGCACCGCUGUCAACCAACUUCAAAGCGAACAAACAUAGUAUACCUGUAUUGUCAUUGCAAUAUGUUGUGAGCCGGCUGUUUUGUUUUCGCAAAAAUUACGAAAAUGGAUGAAGAAAACGAAAAGGAAAUUCAACUGAAUGUUAGCAUAAUAGAAAUGCCGAACAACCCGACUCCAAUAGAUGUUGGUGAAGCAAUGCUAUUGAUUGAACAACACAAGAGUGAUAAUGCUUCGGAAUCAAACAGUGCGUCAUCACAUUCCGGUGAAACGGAUUUGGCAGAUGAAGAGGAUUAUAUCACCAAAAAUAAGCAAGAAAUUUGGCAUGAUUUAAGAAAUGAUGACGGUAAUGUUGCAAUUCGAGAACUUAUGCGUUUAACUGGCUAUAGUCCAAACACUUGUCGGGACAUAUACGAAAAUAGAUCCAUUUUAUUGGAGCAAACAGAUGAUAUUUCGUUCGUGAAAGAAAUAAUCGCGAUUGCCAAACGAAAAUUAGACUAUGAACAAAAACCAUCACCAAACGUCAAGGAUUCCAAAGAAUUAGAUAAAUAAUAAAUGUGAAUCAAAAUAGAAUUUGUGCAAAAAAUUGACAGUUUUACUGUCUUUUGUUCAAAAUAAAACAAUUCAAAAUACUUUUCCACAAUGAAAACUGUUUUCCUUCUUUGGUGUCUUUCGUUCAACGUGGAAAUGUCGACUAAAUGACCGAUUUUUUGUAAUUCAUUCUUAGAAGUUGGCAUAAUUGUAUCAAUGUUCGGUUUUAUUGAUUGCAAUUCAUAUCAUGCGAGCACAAAAUAUUUUGUUUAUUCGGUGCUAAAUUUACUAUUAAUCGUUCGAGUGGAGUUUUGCUGCAUGUAUCGAACACGAAUCAAAAAUAAACAACACUGUGUUGUCAACACAUAACUGUAUUCGACAGAGCAAAAAUGCUUGGUGUUUAUUUGACAACAUCACUUCACUGUUGGCAUGGGAUCAGUUUAAAAAAGAGAAAGAGAGAGAUUUUCCAUCGGUUCAGUUUGUAUCAAUUGACAGAUCAUCAGCAUUGAUUUGAAUAUGAUCUAACGCAUCUUACUUUAAAAGAGGCGAAUGCGUAUUACAACAGAGCAACGCGUCACAAUCAUGCCAAAAGACAUCCAAUUGGCCUGCGUAUCCGUGGCGAAGACGUCGUAAGACCUAGUUUGGUUUUCACAGUAGAUCCAAAAAUGAUUUUCUAAGUAUAAAACACACAAAAAACGUCAUUCAUUUUGUUUCCCCAGAUUUGAAUUGAAUUGGGAGUGAUCUAUCACCUGUGCAAAAGUCAAGUGACACCAAUAAGCCCAAAUUCAAUUUAUUUCACCGCCAAAUACUG